UGCCGUCCCUAAAAGCUCCAACGAUUGUCGCGAGAGCGUCAUUCAGAACACCCGCAGAGAGAGAGAUGUGCACUUUGGAAAAAAGGGGCAAGAUCUUCAUCCUAACGCUAACCGGCGCAGGUGAACACCGCCUAAAUCCCGUGCUUCUUGAUGCGGUCCAGUCGGCUUUGCGCCACGUCCGAGACGAGUCCAUUUCCUCCCCAUCUUCGGUUCUAAUCACCACCGCCCAAGGCAAGUUCUUCUGCAAUGGCUACGAUCUUGACUGGGCCGGGUCCUCUCCAUCUCGCUCCGAACUCAUGAACUCAAAACUCCAAUCACUUGUAGCCGACCUCAUCUCGCUCCCCAUGCCCACCAUCGCAGCCGUCUCUGGCCACGCCUCAGCCGCCGGUUUCAUCCUCGCUCAGAGCCACGACUACGUCCUCAUGCGGAAAGACCGAGGCUUCCUUUACAUGAGCGAGCUCGAUAUUAACCUGGUAAUUCCGGCUUGGUUCAUGGCUCUAAUUGAGUGCAAGAUCGGCUCACCGAUGACUCGGCGUCACCUGGUUUUAACAGCGGCUAAGGUGACGGCUAAGGAAGCCGUGGAGAAGGGGAUUAUCGACUCGGCACACGAUAGCGCGGAGGAGACGGUUAAGGCUGCGUUAAGGUUGGGGGAGGAGUUGGGGGGAAGGGAAUGGGAUGGGCACGUGUACGCUCAGAUUCGCAUGAAGAUGUUGGCUGGGGUCUUGGAUGAAAUCGCUGCGAGAAGAAGCACUCGAUCGCGAAUGUAGACCCCUCAUUUCCGAUUCUUGCUUACAUAUGAUGCACUUCGUCUUGUGUUUUCAUCUGUGGUCUGGCUUUUUGGUUUUUGGGAAUAUUUAUUUUUGUAUGUAAACAUGCAUGUAGUCAUUUGAUGUGUUGUGGUUGGGGACUGAACUGAAUUCGUUAGAAUUUCACAAGUUCAGUUGUCUAUCUUGUGUAAUGACCUCUUCAGUAGAUGGGUUUAGAAGAGGCAGGAAAUGAGGGAAACUCUAUACGAAGCGUAAGAAACCAUUAGUUGGAGUGAAGUGCACUGUUUUAAUAAGCUGGCCAGGACACAGCGUGUUGGGAGGAGCCCUUUUAGUAUUUUCAGUUGCUGCCGUCUAAGUAUGGAGUCUGUUGUUUAUUCUUGUCAUUAUUUCUAAUUCUUGUUGUCCAGUCAUUGUAAUAUUUCCUUUUAAGUAUGCAGUCAGUUAUUUCUACUUUACACGUGUUGCAAGUUUAUUAGAUCAGUUAGUUAUUCCUGCAUGGAUAUGAAGGGAAGCAGAGCACUGGAAAGAGGGGAUGAAUAUUCUGGAAGAUUUUACUUAAGAGUGUUGUAAUGGAGGUUGGGUCCCUCGAAGAACUCGUAGUAAUAUACCUGUGGCUCGGUUGAGCUUUUU